GGCGCUCGUCGCCAUAUAAAGUUGUAAGUUGCAGUCGAAAGAUUGCGAUUUUUGCCACUAGAAAGGGCAAGGGAACUUUUGUUUUGGGGGCAAGAAACCCCCAAAGUUUUCAGAACUCUAACUAUCUAACUUUUAUCUGAUUUAACAACAUUUGUGUCAAAUAACUUUAUUCUUAAUUUUGGUCGGUAAUCAUGGAGUUGUAAAGAUGUCGUCGCUCGAAGUCUGCGUCUCUCCUAUUUACGAAGGAGCGGCCUUUGGGUCUGGUGUUAUUUCAUUUAAUUGGGGGGUUUAUGUUGGAGGAAAAUUGCAACACAAUGGACAAGAAAAACAAUCGCCAACUGUCAACAGCUGCUCAGAAACAGGGCAAUGGUAACGACUCGAAAAGAUUACAAAAUAAUGGGGAUGGCUCAGCUCUUCGCCAAUUUGGUCGUGGGGGGAGAAGAAAAGAAUAUACCGGUAAUGGGAAAAACCUGUCAGAAAGCAGUCCACGUAGACCCACCCCCCAAAAGAGUCGCAACAUGUUUGACAAGCGGCCUCGCUCACGGGGAGGCCAAUACAGUCAGGGAGCUGAAACAGCCAGAGAAGACCUGACAGAGGACUUUUCUCCUGAACUGGAUUUAAUUUCUGGAAGAAAAGCCAAUUUAAAUCAUCUGCUGAACUUCACAUACAGCAGACACAGUGGUAGUGAGAAAACAAGAGGCCGUCCUGCAUGGCACUUUGACAGUCAUAGUUAUGGUAGAAAAAAGGGAUCAACUAAAAAGUCAUUAUACAACAAAGAGCAGUACCUGCAAGCCAAUUACCAGUUUGUUGUGAAGGAUGAUGGUGACUACUCCAUACACUCCGUGGACCCUGAUGUUCUGGUAGACUGGGAUGCCAUAGAAUUGAUUCGCGUCUUUGGCCAUGAAGUAACUCCUUGUCCAAUAUGUCUGGAACAACCCAUUGCUGCCAAGAUGACGCGAUGCGGUCACAUCUACUGCUGGCCUUGUAUCCUACAUUACUUGGCCCUCGGAGAACAAACAUGGAGAAAGUGUCCAAUCUGUUACGAGGCUGUGCAUGAAAAAGACUUGAAGAGUACACGCACAGAGAAGGUGCCUUCGUAUGCUGUAGGACAGACGAUCACCAUGCAACUAAUGAAAAAGGAGAGAGGAACUAUAUACGCCAUGCCAAAAAGUCUCUGGGAGAAGAGAGAGGGCAUCAUGAUGAGAAUAAAUGAUGAUGCCAGGAAGUGUUCAGGGAUGAAAAUACUAACAGCAGACGGGGGCUAUAUAAAGAGUCAAAUCACUGACGUGGAACGCUCUGAAUUAGAGCGCAAGAAUAGAGAGGCAGAGACUUCGGAGGUGGCCUUUAUUGACUCAGCACUUCAUCAUUUAAAGGCUAGAGAGGAGAACCUGAUGAGGAGACAUUCCUCUUCAUCAUCCGUGAGUGAACCACUUCCACAGUCAGAAAUCUCCAGCCCCCCACCCACACAGGUCUUUACUCCCACACAGAAUGUUACCCAGUAUGCCUGUGCCUUUGCUGAUGAAGAGGUGACUGAAAGCUGGCCUGAUGUUGAAGUAGAGACAGACACGUCUACUGACAUCUGUUCUGAUGACAUGGCAGGGGUGGAUCAGGCUGGGGCGAAUCAGGCGGGGGUGGAUCAGGCAGGAGCAGAUCAGGCUGGGGUACAGUCCUUGAUGCCAGAUGAUGCCCUGCCCCUGGAGGAAGCCGCAGAGAACCUGGAAAUCCCCCACCUGGAUGGGGACACCCCUCGACACAUCAACAAUGCGUUCUACUUCUACCAAGCUGAGGAUGGACAAAGGAUUUUUCUGCAUGCCUUGAAUGCCAGGUGUUUGGUGAAAGAAUAUGGUGGACUAGAACAUGGCCCUCAGACCAUCACUGCUAAAAUAGUAGAAAUGGAGAGUGUGUUUAUGACAGAGGAAUUAAGGAAGAGGUUAAGGUACCUGUCCCAUCUCCCACUGACCAGCGAGUUCCAGGUGGCUGAACUCGACCUUCGACCUCCGGUCCUUUCUAGAGACACCUUGACAUGUUUUGCUGAUGACAUAGAAUAUAGAAAACGUCUUCGACAGAAGAAGAUGCGAUUAGAAAAACGAUGGAGUAAAAAGAUACAGGAUGAGGAGAGGCGUCGCCUGGGAAUAAGUCCGGGAAUGAAGAUAGUAAAAAGCGCCCUCUGUCCACAAGUUGUGUCAGAAAAUCGACCCUCGUCUCCAGCGGCAACAAGUGACAGCAGUGAGCAGAGUUUACCAUCCAUUUCUUCUCCCAUAGGAAGUCCUCUAGAUACUGUAGGUGUUGGAUCUCCUCUAGAAGAAGAUGAGGGACAACAGACAUCCUUGUCGUUUGCUCAGAUGUUAAGAGGUGGAUUGAAGAAAACGCCAACAUGGCCAAAAGUCUCUGAACCAAAACCAGACAUGAAAUCAGUGGGCCGUGACAGUGAGGGCAGUGAUGAGGAACAGUCCGCUGCACCUGUCUUUCAGAAUUCUUUUGGGGCUGCCAUUCAGGCUGCUUUUGAAAAUCUGGAGAGUGGAAAAGCUCAAGACAAAAGUGAGGAAAGUGGCUUUAAGAUGGAGAAACUGCCAGGGAAGAAAAAGAAAAAACAGCAGAAACUUUUGUUUGCAACAUCUAUGGCCCGAGGAGGAAAAUAAAACACAAUGCUAAUUGUUGUAGAACUAGGGGAUGGGUUUUUUAUGUUUUUGAAAAAUUAUUUCUAAAAUGAAAUCAUCCAAUGUUGAAUAAACCAAGUCUCUAAUAUAACAUGAAAACUUGCAUCAUUAUAAUAUCAUUUUUCCUUCUAGAUAAAAAAAGAAUUGUGUUUUACAUGCUAUUUGUGAAACCAUUGUAAUAUGUUCUGUAUUAAUUACCAUCAUUCAGCAUUUUCUUUCUACAGAAUAUUAGUCAUAUAGAUGUAUUUCUACGAGUUUGAGUAGAAAAUGGUUAUGAUUUACUACAUGUACUUUAUAUUUGUGAGUUUCAACAAAUACUGUUCUGUUAUUGGAAAAUAAAUGUUUGCCUUUUUUCCUUAAA